UGAUUCAGGAGCAGCGGCAAUUCUAAAAAAAAGAGGUAAGAAACUAAUAUUUACAAUGAAGUAGACCAUUAUAAUAGAGACAUGUAUAAGAUGCUACAUUUGUUUCAAACUUGACAUAUUUUAAGAAAAACAGAAUUUAAAAAAAAAUCAUUAAUCUGUAAAGAAAUGUCAAAGAAAUACUUUUAUUUAACUGUCUGUGAUUUUGACAACUUUUGAAAUGUCAUUUACUUUUUUCUCUCUUAGGAUGCAUAUUGUUUGGGCCCUACUUCUUCUCACUCUUGAAAGUGCUCCUGGGUGCUCAUGUCUUCCCACAAAUGGAAAUUCAAUUCGAAAUACAGUGGACAGCUUAAUAUACAUAGCUCAGACAACCCUGGUGCACAUUAAAGAACUACGGACAAAUUUGCCGGUGGCUACACAUAUAGAAGUCCGCACUCCUUCCAUUGACGGACUAACAAGCAUCAGCCGUGACCUCGGUCUUUUGACCGUUGAGCUGCAGGACCUCUUCACAGAGCUGCUCAGUCAGAUUCAGGCCGAUGUCUCCAGUUUGGAGGGACUGGUGAGGUACUUCGCUCAGACGAUGGGCUGUCCCAUCCAGGCCAGACCUCGAGGAACAGCCACGAACCAUUUGUUCCCGGACAGUCAAAUAUCCAUGACUCUGAUGAAGUUGCAGUGCUACCUGGACACGUUACUUCUCCACAAGGACAAACUCAAGGUCUGCUGAAAAAUCCACACCUAAUGCACAGAGACACCAAAUCUUAGUAUAAAUAUCAAGAAACAUGUAAAGGCUUUUUUUUUGUUGCAUGAAAUGAAAUGAAAGUUAUAUAUAGUUUUGUUUUGAUAAAUAUUUUUGCAGAGGUCUGAAAAGUAUUUCAAGUGUAGCAGUAAUUAAUUAUGUGGGUUGACUUACAGUAUAUCUCAGAUUUUGGCACUUUUCUUUCUUAAAGUAUGGUUUGAAAUAUUACAAAUGAUGAUGAUGUUGUAAAAUCAGUAUUCUGGCAUCUGGAAAAGUAUUUAAUCGAUGUGUAAUAAUGGUGCAAAAGUGUCGGGAGUCUUUCUGUUGAGCAGAAACAUUAAGCUGAUAGAAAAAAUGAUGUGGACCAUUUAAGCUAAAAACCCGAAAUGUUUUAUUAAACUGCAUUAAAGAUUUGAAUGAAUAUUUAUUGCAUGUGAAAUUUUUCUUUUUGAAAAAAACUUUAACAUUCUUACAUUCAAGGCCUCUUUGCAAAAUGAUCUGAACAUUAGUCUAUUAGACAAAAACAAAUCUCAUGUAUCAAAGUUGAAUCAACCUUUAAUAUUACAAACCUUGAGGAAAAUAAACUAGUUCAUUCAAAAAUACAUGUUUAAAGGACAAUCUUCUCAAUCAGUAAUUAUACAUUUAAGAAUGUUGAAUAAUACAGAAUCAUUUCACUUUAUUGCGGUCUUUAACUUCACUCAAGUAAACACAUUUUGAACUUUGACAGACUCAAAAUAAAGUUUUGCUUUUCAGAGAUAAAACAAGAUUCGCAAAAACAGAAACUGGAAAAGUCCAACUUUAAAGUGUCAUGGCAGUGUGGUGCCGUAAAUAAACUCAAUAGAAUAAUAACAACCGAGAUGUUGUUGAAAUU